CCCAAGGCCAACAUCACCCCAACCACCGCGCAUGCUUGAACCCAAGCCGGCCAGUUCGGACACCCGACACGACCGAGUCGGGGAACCGUACCUAUUUUCAACCCUACCUAAAUCAUAGCGAUUGCCGCAUCAUGCAGCGACACAUUCGGGUCUCGCCCAUCCUCGUUCUCCCGUGCUCUCCCGGCCGUCAACGUCAAUCCUCGCUGCAUGCGGCUGCUGCCCCGUUCCCAGUCUUAAUGCGCCGAGGUAUCGCUAGCUAGCUGAAUAGUCUUAUUGGCCGCCCCCCUUUGACCUCCCCUCAACCAUAUCGGACAUUCCCAGUCUCAGCAAUGGCGACUCCGGCCCGGCCGCCGUCGAGUUCACAUCGUUCCGAGCCACAACCGUCGAUGAGGUCUCAGAGCGAUCCUCAACAAUCCACGUCAACCCCGCGGCGCGUCACGAGGACUCUUCCAGCAUGGAUUGACUCGUACGAAACGCGAUACGGCACCCCGACCGAGAAGCAGAUCGGCUCGCUGACCUCGCCCCCUCCACGCGCCCUACCAGCCCAUCAUAAUCAUUCGCCGAGCCACGCGCAGAGGAGAGUGUCGAAGGAUGGAUUCGUUUACGAGAACCCGGCUGUGCUGGGACUCGAGGGAGCGCGCACGUCGAGGGCGAGGCUACGCAAGUUGCUCAAACGCGGAGAUGGCUCCGAGAGGGGAAGGAAAUGGGACCACUUGCGCACGGCCGAACCUGUCAUUGUGCCGCGCUUCAGCCGGGCGACUCCGGACUCGCCAUGGCACAGCUACGUGCUGUCGUCUCGAUAUGGCCGCUUACCGAACGAGGAGGCCGAGAUUGUCGAUCCCGAGAUGCUGGAUAAGAUGCAGCCGGAUUUCAACACCCCCGUCGAGAUCCGCGACGUGAACGGCACCACUGGGAGGAAACAGACACGAAGGAAGGUGCUCUACAAGCGGUUAUGGCGUAUCAUACUCCGUCACCCACUCGUCCCUCUCGCCUUCCGCCUGACCGUCCUGCUCACCUCCAUCGUGGCGCUGGCUAUCUCGGCUAGGAUAGUCGAAAUCGAGCACGGCGAAGAGAACGAUCGCUCGUCAGAGCUGACACAGGCGAUCGUGGCCAUCGUGGUCGACUCGGUCGCCAUUCCCUACAUCGGCUACAUGACAUGGGACGAGUACACGGGCAAGCCGCUGGGGUUGCGGGCGGCCAACCAGAAAAUUGCCCUCGUCCUCAUGGACCUAUUCUUUAUCAUAUUUAAAUCAGCCAGCACGGCCCUCGCCUUUGAGGCCUUGGUCUACCAUAACUCGGCGGACCGGCAGACGAGGCAAUAUAGCCAGGCGCUGGCCGCUUUUCAGAUGAUUGGUCUGAUAGCCUGGAGUUUCACGCUGUCCGUGAGCGUUUUCCGUCUGGUACAAAAGUUGGGUGGCGGUGAUGAUGACAAGUAAUGAGUUUCGAAUGGUGAGGGAGAGUGAAUGGGGCGGGUGGCUCUUUGGGUUUGAAACUGGAGUUGGUUCUCACUGUAUAUUUCCGAGUUUUUUUUUUCAUACUGGUAUACCCUCAGCGUCAUUGACGACAAUAGUUUCUUGGUACGGAGCAUGCACAAGAUGGUAGGAGAGCAAUGGACAUCCUUCAUCGAUCAUGUACAUAGUAAUUAACGUACAUACUUGUAAGUACUUGGUACAUGCGUAUGUUGCAUCGCACCAUGAAUUUCUGCAUGCCGGCUUUAUCCUGCACAGUACGAGAAAAUCUGUUAAAUACCUUCACUGUAA